GCACGGAAAAUUGGUCAGCAGUUAAUUCUGGUCAGCAGUCGAACGAAGAUCAACCUCGCUUUCAAAAUUAACAACUUGAAGAAUUUUUUUAAACUCUAGGAAAAAGAAAACUGCAGCGACCAUGCAUCACACCAUGAAAGACGAUACCCUAUCCAGUUCAGAUUGUGGCUGUCCUUCUCCGGACUCUUCCGAUAAUGAAGUCAGACAGACCAAGUCAAAAACACACGGCGGUAUUGACAAGACGAAACGAUUAAAAGCAAGUGCACGAGAGCGACGCCGCCGUCACGUACUGAACGACGCUCUUGAGGGGUUGCGACGAAAAGUUCCAAGCGUAAACAAUAAAAAAUCAAGCAAGCUUUCGAAAAUUGAAGUCCUACGUCUGGCCAUCGAUUACAUAGCGAUGUUGAGUUGUUAUCUAAGUUACUCUACACCCCCGAUGACACCGUGUUACGAUGAACGACCAAUUAUCGAUAGCAUCGACAACUAUAAUCGUAUCGAAGAAAUCGACAGAUACCACAGGGCCGCGCAGCAGCAACAGCAAUUACAAAUGAACUACGUGACAAGUCAAAUGAAUUCUUCCGAACUCGAUUUUUUACUCGCCAAUGGCUACAGGCAGUAAGUUGUACAAGUUAACAAAAAUGACAUAAAUGCCAUACAAAAGAAGAGGAGUGACGUACAUGCUACAAAAAUACAGAAUCAGAGAUUAUCGCGAAAUGGCAUCAAUCUCGAAAUUUUAACUCGCCAACUCGCCGCUUCCUUAAAGAGAUGAAAUAUCACAAUAUAUGAUGUCAAUAAACUAAUUGAAUAUUUCCAUGGAAACAAGGAAGUUAUUGUGCAAGAAUUUUCCACGUGAUUUUAAACUUAAAUGUAAUAAAAAAUAGAAAAUUAUUUUCAUUGUAUAUACAGGAAUUUGAAGAAACUUUUAAUACAUUGUUUUUAUG